GCUCCGCUCCCCAGCCCGCCGCGCGCCUGUCUGCCCGCCGGGGCCGCCUCCCGCCUCCCGCCUCCCGCCGCUGCCGCCGCAGAAUCUGCGGCGCGGCCCCUUGCCUUCCAGGCUCUGCUUUGAAGUCGGAAAAGGACCUGCUCUCUGAGAACUGACAUUCUAAUGAAUGGAGACAACCAGUAAAAAGCACAUUGCUGUUUCAGCUCUUGCCCCUCACUGCAAUACAACAAGAGAAGGAAAUGAAGGAGCCACUUCUGCAAUUUACCAGAUAAGCCCAGCAGGGUCAAUAGAGUUCCCAGGAGAAGGCUGCAGGCAUCUGAGGAUAAGCCACUUGGAGCAGCUUUGACCUGAAAGCCAACCUAGAAGACGGAUUCCAUUUACAAGAUGCUUUGGACACCCUCAAUAUUUACCUUCUCUUUCCUAGUCCAACCUGAUUCGUGAAAUGGACUGAAGCUAAAAAUUCACCUACUUCUUUGUCUGAAUUUGAGACACAAUUGGGAUGACCUUAAGUGCACGCGACUAGACUCCAACCGCAGCUAUGAGUUCAGAUGAGAAGGGCAUAUCUCCAGCUCAUAAAACAUCUACUCCAACCCAUAGAAGUGCCUCCUCUUCAACAUCCUCCCAAAGAGAGAGUAGACAGAGUUCCCACGUACUGGAGAGGACUGCGUCCUCCGGCACCGAGCCCUCCAUCAGUCGGCAGUUGCUGGAACCGGAGCCAGUCCCCAUCUCCAAGGAAGCUGACAGCUGGGAAAUUAUAGAAGGGCUGAAAAUAGGCCAAACCAAUGUCCAGAGACCAGACAAACAUGAAGGCUUUAUGCUGAAGAAAAGAAAAUGGCCUUUAAAAGGCUGGCACAAGCGUUUUUUUGUCCUGGAUAAUGGAAUGUUAAAGUAUUCAAAGGCACCACUUGAUAUUCAAAAAGGGAAGGUCCACGGAAGCAUCGAUGUCGGACUCUCGGUCAUGUCUAUUAAAAAGAAAGCUCGGAGGAUAGACCUGGACACAGAAGAGCACAUCUAUCAUUUGAAGGUGAAAUCCCAGGACUGGUUUGAUGCGUGGGUCUCCAAACUGCGCCACCAUCGCCUGUACCGGCAGAAUGAGAUUGUGAGGUCGCCAAGAGAUGCUAGCUUUCACAUAUUUCCUUCAACCUCCACAGCUGAAUCCUCACCAGCUGCUAAUGUUUCCGUCAUAGAUGGAAAGGUGCAACCAAACAGCUGUUCAUGGCAGUCCCCCUUGCCAUGCAGCAACAGCCUCCCUGUCACCUGCACCACCGGCCAGAGUAAAGUGGCAGCCUGGUUACAGGACUCGGAAGAAAUGGACAGGUGUGCAGAAGACCUUGCACACUGCCAGUCAAACCUUGUGGAGCUUAGCAAACUCCUGCAAAAUUUGGAAAUACUUCAGAGAACUCAGUCAGCACCCAACUUUACUGACAUGCAGGCUAACUGUGUAGAUAUUUCAAAGAAAGACAAGCGGGUCACAAGAAGAUGGAGAACAAAAAGUGUCAGCAAAGAUACAAAAAUACAACUGCAGGAAGGGCCAUCUGUGAAGAGCCAGUUCGGCUCAACUCGGCGCCGGCAGAGGCUAGCAGCAGCCGUGGCUACAACAGUUCCUUUCAGUGCCACCAUGUCACCGGUUCGCUUGCACUCCUCCAACCCCAACCUUUGUGCAGACAUUGAAUUUCAGACUCCCCCUAGCCACCUCACUGACCCUCUGGAAAGUUCAACAGAUUAUACAAAACUUCAAGAAGAAUUCUGUCUAAUUGCACAGAAAGUUCAUUCCCUUUUGAAGUCUGCAUUUAAUAGCAUAGCUAUAGAGAAGGAGAAGCUUAAGCAGAUGGUUUCUGAGCAGGAUCACAAUAAAGGCCACAGCACACAGAUGGCACGACUCCGACAGUCACUGUCUCAGGCACUCAACCAGAAUGCUGAACUAAGGAGUCGGUUGAGCAGAAUACACUCAGAAUCUAUUAUUUGUGAUCAGGUUGUCAGUGUAAAUAUUAUUCCUAGCCCUGAUGAGCCUGGCGAGCAAAUCCAUGUCAGUCUCCCUCUGUCACAGCAAGUAGCAAACGAGAGCCGCCUCUCCAUGUCAGAAUCUGUCUCUGAGUUCUUUGAUGCCCAAGAGGUGCUCCUCUCUGCAAGCUCAUCAGAGAAUGAGGCUUCAGAUGAUGAGUCUUACAUCAGUGAUGUGAGUGAUAAUAUAUCGGAAGACAACACCAGUGUUGCGGACAACAUUUCUCGGCAAAUCUUGAAUGGGGAGCUUACAGGAGGGGCCUUCCGGAAUGGACGCCGAACGUGCCUGCCAGCUCCCUGUCCUGACACCAGUAACAUUAACCUGUGGAAUAUCUUGAGGAACAACAUUGGUAAAGACCUAUCUAAAGUGUCUAUGCCUGUGGAGCUAAACGAGCCGCUCAACACCCUGCAGCAUCUCUGCGAGGAGAUGGAGUACAGCGAGCUUCUGGACAAGGCUUCGGAAACCGACGACCCCUAUGAGCGCAUGGUUCUUAUUGCUGCAUUUGCAGUUUCAGGAUAUUGCUCUACCUAUUUCAGAGCAGGAAGUAAGCCAUUCAACCCUGUCCUUGGGGAGACUUAUGAAUGCAUUAGAGAGGACAAGGGAUUCCGCUUUUUCUCAGAACAGGUUAGCCAUCAUCCACCCAUUUCUGCCUGUCACUGUGAAUCCAAGAAUUUUGUGUUUUGGCAAGAUAUCAGGUGGAAGAACAAGUUCUGGGGGAAGUCAAUGGAAAUCCUGCCUGUGGGAACGCUGAAUGUCAUGCUUCCAAAGUAUGGAGAUUGCUAUGUGUGGAAUAAAGUCACCACGUGCAUACACAACAUUCUCAGUGGGAGGAGGUGGAUAGAGCAUUAUGGAGAAGUGACCAUCAGAAAUACCAAAAGCAGCGUUUGCAUUUGCAAACUCACAUUUGUCAAGGUGAAUUACUGGAAUUCUAAUGUGAAUGAAGUCCAGGGGGUUGUGAUGGACCAGGAGGGGAAGGUGGUGCACCGGCUGUUUGGGAAAUGGCACGAGGGGCUCUACUGCGGCGUGGCCCCGUCUGCGAAGUGCGUCUGGAGACCAGGUUCCUUGCCAACCAACUAUGAGCUCUACUAUGGCUUCACAAGGUUUGCUAUUGAGCUCAACGAGUUAGAUCCUGUCCUGAAAGACCUCCUCCCACCGACAGAUGCCCGAUUCCGGCCAGAUCAGAGAUUUUUGGAAGAAGGAAAUCUGGAAGCUGCAGCAGCCGAGAAGCAAAGGGUGGAGGAACUGCAGAGAUCGCGAAGGCGCUACAUGGAAGAAAACAACCUUGAACAUAUACCAAAAUUCUUUAAGAAAGUGAUUGAUGCCAAUCAAAGAGAAGCCUGGGUUUCUAACGACACCUACUGGGAGCUGCGAAAGGACCCUGGGUUUAGCAAAGUAGACAGCCCUGUUCUCUGGUAACCUGGGCAUGUAGAGCUAGCCAACAUAUCACGCUCUGAAUGAAUUACUAACUAUGCACAAUUAUGUUUCUUAGAGCUCCGCGUGGUUUCUGGGUCGACCGAACGCCGGCCAUUUGCUUUUCUAUUCAUCUUUAUAACGGACUUUCAGAAGUGCAUUAGACAAGGCCCCUAACCACGUUUGGAUCCUUUCUGUUUUGCUGCAACCAUAUUCCUUAAAAAAUAAAAUUAAAAAAAAAAAAUCCACACCCUCCUCGGAAAGAAGAAUUAAAGGAGCAGAAUGUAAAAAUCCAAAGUCUGAUGAGUUUAUAAAGACAAACACACUGUAACCGGUGCUUUACACCGAUCCGGAGAGUUUAAAGCUACGUGACAUAAACCACGCGUUUGGAAGCGCCAUCCCCUCAUCAGCGGAGCUCCUGGGCUCAGACUGGAGUGUGUCGUCUGAAGUGGUGUACCCGUGCUGGCCUUGUCCAUGCAGACGUGAUGCUUCUCAGAACCUGUCCCAUCUGUACGCCAUUGUUCAUGCCUUAAGAAAUGCAAAGAUGUACAAUAAAUCAUUUUUUUAACGUGUGCUCAUAGGUUUAUGUGGAGGACAGACCUUUUGAAUCAUGGCAUGAUUCACUUUCUGGGACCAGAACAAUUAUGAGUGUAACUUCAGUGGAUGAAAAGAAAGUAAACAACAUGUGCUUUACUUUGAUGUGUCGGUUACUGUAUCGUAUGUCUGCAGGGCAAGAAGGAAACGGUGUGCCAGGUCGAUUUCUGUAGUCACAUUGCUUGUCAAGCUCCUGUCCUGCGUCCAGAUAAUAAACCAUCCCCCUUGUACCUAACCUCACAGUGUGCCCUGUUUUGGCAAUAUCUGUGUUUGAUUUGAACACUUGGCAUCCGUGUUAAAGCCGUGGAAAGAAAUAACAAUAAGCAGAUGGCAUUUCUGGUUGGGCUUAGGAGCACUGUAAGUGUUGAGUGAAGCACAAUGUAAUAAUACGCAUUACUAUCCUAAGCCCAGCCCAGUGGCACCAGUGGAAAUCCCACUGGGAACAGAAGCAAGAAUGCUAGUAGCUUAUUUGCAUUGUUUAAAUGAGUUCUAUGCAAAUUAUAUUUUAUAUUUUCAUUAAGUGAGUCUGUAUGAUACAUGGCUAUAUAUUAAGCAUUUCCCUUGCUAUUGGCAGAGAUAUAAAACUUAAGCUAAGGAGUUUAAGGGAGAGGGACAGAAAUGUGUUUUGCAUACUUCAGUAUUUGUUCUUCCCUCCAGUAUACAAAGGGUUUUGUAGGAAACUUGCAUCCAUAUUCCUGAGUUUCUGCACGUAGAUGACUAUAUAAAUGCUUGUAUGUUUUUUUAAAAAGUCUCCCUAGAGAUUAGUUAUAAAAUGACAUAUAUUUAAUUCCUAGUUAGGUUUUUUAUUCUAGAUUCUGACCAUGAGGUUUUAAGUGUUAUUUUAAACUCUGGUAACGAGGUUACUGGCAUUUUGCAUUUUGUUAAAAGGUGUUGAUUUUAGUAUUAUUUCUCAGCAAAGCUUUCCUAAUAACAGCUAAUCCACUAUCAAAUCUGAACUGCUUAUGAGAGCAUAAGGCAAGCUCUGAAGUUUCUAGGUGGCGCAAAAUGUAAAACAUCCCUCCUCUGAUCUGGGCCCUGCACUGUGCCUACAGUACGCAUUGCUCUAGAAUGAAACUUCACUCUCGGGUAAAUCCCACUGCCAGGUCUAAGUGUUCCACUUAAGCCACGCCCUCCCUAGGUUUCUCAAUGCUGUCGAGUCCCAUUUUAAAUCUAUGGGUGGCUUGCUUGGUGGUAGUAAAAUGUCCCCUUGUUAUCGAUUGCUUUUCUUGACCCCCUUUUAUCUGCAUCCUGAGGUACAUGCCUAUAAUUUUCAUUAGAAUUUAAUCAGAAUUCUAUAACUUCCUCAUAAAGUCUGCUGUCCCCCGUUGGUAAAGCUUUAAAUACCAUCUGAAUUGAUUCCGGUCUGUGCUUACUAGCGUUUCCAUGAACCGUCUCAAACUGUUUCACCUAAAGUUAAGGACAGAAUUUUACCAAGUAGAGGUGUUCCAAGUAGGUAAGUCAGAAGGUGGGGGUAUAAAGAUACAUUGAGUCCUCCUCUCCCCAUCAGUUACCAAGGGAUUGAUCAGCCAGACAGCUGGGAGAGGACCCAGCACCCUCAGGGAAGCAACUACUGUUUGGGUUGUAAUUGAGAAAAAGAAUAACUAGUAGGGAAGACCUGUACUAGUCAGUAAGUUCCAGCCACAAAUCAGGUAAGCGAGUGUUGGUCAGAGCUCACCUGAAACUCUGAUGAGAAUUUUAAGCUGAGAAUAAGAAGAAUGUCAAGAUAAUUAAAAUCAUAUUUUAUAAUAUCCCCGAUUUAGAAUCUCUUGAGAGUCAGGCUUCUUGAUUAGACUUCCAAUACAAGUGGUCCAUUGAAGUUUAGGUAAUACUCCUGUAAUACCAGCUUCACAAACCUCCCCCUCAAAUACUCAGAAUGGAAUGGCUUUAUCCCCCACUUCAUUUUUCCUUCUGAUGGAUAGAGUGGCUUAUGGAAUUGGGAGACAGUCUAGUUGGAAUUUUCAGCUGCAAAAAUUGGGGGCUUUUGAGACUAAGCAGAAAAAGGAUAGACUAAGUAUUAGAUGAAACCUGAUUUAUUUUUUAGAAUUUUACAUAAGUCUUUUUAUGUCCAGGGUACUUAUUUGUUUCUCCCUAAAGCAAUAGAGGAUAGAGGAGGACUCAGUAUGCCUUUACGCCUCCCUGUGAGGUAUUCAUCCGCUCCUUCAUGUCUGAGCUGGUCAUUAAGGAAAGCAGGACGGCCCCAUGGACCUGACUGGACUGCACAGAGCAGCGGCACACACCAGCACAGACAGACACUAAUUAUUGUGCUCCUGUAUGCUGCCACCGGGGUACAAUUUACCCUCAGAGUUUGCUGUCAUUUUAUUGUUUUUUUAAGUCAUUGUAUUCUAUGGGUUACUCUAAAAUCCCCCCAUCAAUGUGUCUCUCGCAUCGCUGUUUCUCUCUCUCUGUCUCUCCCCCUCCUUUCCACUCUCUCUAACAAAAUCAAUGGAAAAAUAUCCUCGGGUGAGGAUUAACAAAAAAAUUUAGAAAUGAAAAAUAAAUGAAAUAAAAUACUCCAUACUUUCCAGGCAAUUGCAAAUAAACCUCACGUGAGAUACCUUUUAAUAUUACAUAUCAAUUUUAUGUAACAAAUUAUAUCAAUUAUAUGUGACCAAAAAAAAACAAAAAACCUACCAAAUGUAUUUUCUGGGUAAGAUAAACCAAUGGGAUUUGUUUCAAUACGAGAGAUGCCAAGUUGUCAUUUUCCAAACCUUUGCUCUUCAUUAUUCUGACCCCGUGCCUUCCAGACACUCAUUAGAUCCCGCCCUAAGGAGCACUGGGGGGCAGGGGCAACGGGGAAACUGAUCAAACUUCUUUUGCUUAGUUCUGGUUACGCUGUGGCUGGAGAAGUGUUUAUCGUCAACAUCGAAUGUGCAUUUUUGUUAUUACCUUAUGGACUUUAAUUACCCAUCUUGUCUCAUCUUGUUAUCUGUCAUCCUAGAUAAUGAAGUGUCAAUGGGAGCAGAGCUCCGCACACACCAGAGGGUGUGAACAUGUUUGCACUCAGCUCAAGUGGUCCAUGAGGGAUGUGGCACAGUGAAUACAGCGUUUGUGUACGAAAUCUUGGUUUAUUUCGUACACAUAAUGGCAGCCAUUAUGUCGGGAUGUAUAAAAUGUAUCGAAUUAAACAAUUACGAAUCUAUUUUGUGCUCUGGGAAUGUUCUUUGGGGGAAAAAGAUGGAAAAAAUGUCAUGGGAGCUAAGACUAAAGUGCUUUCCUCUGGA